AUGGCACAUACUCAGAGAAGUCAUUCUCCAGUGGAUCAAUUCAUCUGCAUUUAUCCAGCGUAUUUGAAUAACAAGAAGACAAUAGCAGAAGGAAGAAGGAUACCUAUAGACAAGGCUGUUGAAAAUCCCACGUCCACAGAAAUCCAAGAUGUAUGUGCAGCAGUUGGAUUCAACGUACUGUUAGAGAAAAAUAAGAUGUAUCCUAGAGAGUGGAACAGAGACGCGCAGUACAGAGGUAGAGUACGAAUUCAGCUCAAACAAGAUGAUGGCAACCCAUGUUUACCUCAGUUUCCGACACGUAAAUCGGUGAUGCUGUAUGCUGCAGAAACCAUUCCCAAACUGAAAACAAGAACCCAAAAGAUGGGAGGUAGUGAUCAAAGUCUUCAGCAAGGAGAGGGAGGCAAGAAGGGUAAAGGGAAGAAAAAGAAAUAAGCUCACAUCUGGAAUAAUUGUUACGUCGCAUAUUUGUACUUAUGACAAACAUGGAUGGACACAUUACUUCCUGCAACUUUGAAGUGAAAGAUACAAGAAAUAAACAUGAAAAGAACUGCCUGCUUUUCUCGGAACUGGAAUGCAUGUAGCUGCCUUGUAUCUGCGUAACAGUAAAUGUCUUCACACACAA